UAUUACCCUUCCGUGGGUACAUAACCUCCAGUAAUUGGUGCAAGAUGUUGAUCGUAAUUUCGUUGUGGAGCUUUGUUAUUUUAUCGGUUCAAGGAAAAGACGCACUGCACCCACUUGAUACCAUCACACCGGAUGAAGUAUACUUAACAGCGAACCUUGUGAGAUCCACAGCUCAACAAAAAGUUCCAUCCGGACGAUUCAUAAUUUCUUCAAUUCUGCUCAAAGAGCCCAAGAAGGCCGAAUUGCUUCCAUUCUUUUUACGCGAUGAAGCCCCGGGGCCAGGCGAGAUUUGUAGACGGUCACACACCGUCUUGUUUGACCUUAAUAAUGGCGGAGACGUUUACGAAGUGGUGGUGGAUCUGGAUAAAGGGAAGGUCGAUAGUUGGACUCAAAUGCCAAGAGAACUUCAUCUUCAACCCAUGACUGCAAUUAACGAAGAAGGGGAAAUCAUACCACAAAUGGCUCUAAGCGAUUUAAAAGUACAGGAAAGGUUUAAGCAGUUGGGUGUUAAGAACAUUACUGCUGAAGUUUCUAGUGAUCCUUGGUUCUACAUCUACAACGAUGAAAAUCCGGCGUAUAAGAACAGACGAAUUGCCCAAGUCUGGUUCUACCUAAGAAAUUUUGAACAAGACAACUUUUAUGCCCAUCCUGUGAACUUCAUUGCAAUUGUGGACGUACAACUGGAGAAAGUUGUGGAAAUUCAGGAUCUACCCGUGUACCACGGGACAAAUCGUACCUUACUGGGUCGUCCCUUGUCGUCUCGAGCAGAGCACCAAUAUGACCCACUCCUCCGCCCGUGGGAAUCAUACAGACCAAGAGUGAAACCGGUACAUGUCUUCCAACCAGAAGGGGUCAAUUUUCGCGUGAGUGGGAGUCAGAUUCAAUGGCAAGGAUUCAAGUUGAGGGUGGCGUUUUCUGCUCGAGAAGGUCUCGUCCUCAACACAGUCAGUUUCACCGAUAAGGGGAAAUAUCAUCCAUUAUUCUAUAAACUAACUUUAUCUGAGCUGAAUUUAAUCUAUGCCGAUCCAAGGCCACCAUUCCAUCGAAAUAUUCCAAUAGAUUUAGGACAUUACGGACUCGGUAUUCGCGCCAAUGAGCUCUCCUCUCCCGAAGAUUGUCGUGGGAUCACCCACUUCUUCCACGGGGUUGGGAAUUAUCACAAUGGUCUUCCAAAAACGAAAAAGAACGCUGUUUGUGUGUUUGAGGAUGAUGGUGGCGUUCUUUGGCGAAAAGGGAAACCUCACUCUGGUCGGAUCGUCACCGUUCGAGCUAACCGAUUAGCAAUAAUGUCGAUCAUCACGUCUGGAAAUUACGAUUACAUGUUUACCUGGUACUUUCACCAGGAUGCUUCAAUUCGGUUGGAGGUAAAAUUAAAUGGAGUGGUGAAUCCCAAAGUGGCUGUGGGGGUGCCCAAAUUAUCCGACCUCAGACACGGGACAGUCAUUGCUCCCAACCUCAACACGAUCUAUCAUCAACACAUAUUCACGUACAGGAUUGAUGCUGAUGUUGGCGGAGUUAAGAAUACUGUGCAUACGGUGGAUAUUCUUCAGGAUGAUGCACCAACUGGUUCUUUCGAUAAUCCGUUCGGCAAUGGAUGGACCACAAAGACGACAGAGCUUCAAACAGCAUCUGUCGGAAGAUCUAAUACUUCUCCGGAACAGGGUCGAACUUGGCUUAUCGCUGUGCCAGAUAAGCUGCAUCCAAUCUCUGGGACCAGAAUGGGAUAUAAACUACAUCCCGAUAACACGAUGAGUACAUUGUUAAGGAAAGAUUCCCCACUCCACCCACUUUGUGCGUUCUCUGACUAUGACGUGUGGGUCACAAAAUACAAUGAUGAGCAAAUGUACCCUGGGGGGUUCUAUUUAAACAAUUCUGGAUUACCAGAGUGGGUUGGGAACGCUCCAGAUGAGUCGAUAGAAAGAGAAGAUGUCGUUGUUUGGCACACCUUUAGGACAACGCAUAUCCCACGCACAGAAGAGUUUCCUCUGAUGCCGGCAGAGAGUUUUGGAUUUUGGCUCAAACCUGCAAACUAUUUCAUGGAAAACCCAGCAAUGAACAUUCCCCCGAUUGUCACUUAUAGCUAAAAUUAAUAAUUAUCUGCAAUAAAAAUAAUAAUUGUUCUGAGUGAA